AGCCUUUGUGUGGCCAAAAAGACAGAGAGACAGAGAAAGAGAAGGAGAGAGAACAAUACAGUGGCAGAGAGGGAGUUAAAAAUGAGAAAGACUGUCAUCUUGCAACAAUAAAGCAUAUGGUACCGACAGUGCAGUCAGAACAGGAAAAUUACCAGUCUGUCUCACACUCCUGCACCCUUUUUUCUCAUGCCCGUGGAACUCAGGGGUCGUUGCAAGUCAGUGGACUGAAACAAAAAGGGACUCUCUUCAUUCAUCAUGUUUCACCUUUUUUGAAUACCCACAUUUGUGACUUUGUUGCUCUACUGCUGUGAGGAGAGGUGAAAGGAGUCACACUCAGCCAGUGGAUACAGGUGCAGAUGCAGCAGGCCAUGAGCGGAAUACUGAAGAGGAAAUUUGAGGAGGUGGAAGCCUCCUCCUCCCCGUGCUCUUCUGUGCGGGAGUCUGAUGAUGAGGUCUCCUACAGUGAGAGUGGGGAUAGCAGCGACAGUGUCAACCCCUCCGCCUCAGGCCCUUUCACCUCUAACUCAAUAUUGAAGAGGGAGAAGCGCCUGCGGACGAGGAGGGUGCAUUUUGAGAAUGUGACAGUGUACUACUUCAGCCGACGGCAGGGCUUCACUAGCGUGCCCAGCCAGGGAGGCAGCACGCUGGGUAUGUCCAGCAGGCACAGCUGGGUCAGGCAGUACUCUGUGGGUGAAUUUGCCCUGGAGCAGAAGAGGAUCCACAGAGACAUGCUCAGAGACCACUUGAAGGAGGAGAAACUCAACUCAAUCAAACUCAAGCUGACCAAGAAUGGCACAGUGGAGUCUGAAGAGGCCAACACUCUCACAGCAGAGGACAUAUCCGAUGACGACAUUGAUCUGGACAACACAGAAGUAGACGAGUACUUCUUCCUGCAGCCUCUUACAACUAAAAAGCGUCGGGCACUGCUGCGCACCUCUGGGGUAAAGAAGAUUGACGUGGAAGAGAAACAUGAACUUCGGGCUAUUCGCAUGUCCAGAGAGGACUGUGGCUGUGAUUGCAGAGUCUUCUGUGACCCUGAGACCUGUGCCUGCAGCAUUGCAGGGAUCAAGUGCCAGGUGGAUCGUAUGUCAUUUCCAUGUGGCUGCACAAAAGAGGGUUGCAGCAAUUCAACUGGAAGAGUGGAGUUCAAUCCCAUUCGCGUUCGAACCCAUUUCCUGCACACUAUAAUGAAGCUGGAACUGGAGAAGAGUCGUGAGCAGCAGCAGCCGUCCCCAACCAACGGGUACCACGGUGAACCAAGUGACCUGGGAAGUGGAAACCCUUUUGCUCAAUCACAGCACAGGUUGGAGUACUCUCUGUCAGAUGCAGUUCCACAGGCGGCCAGCAUGCACCUGCAAGCUGCAGACGACAUGGAGGAGCCACUAGAUGAUGACGAUGAGGAAGAAGAUGAAGAGGAUGACGAGGAGGAAGAAGAAAAUGACGAUGAAGAUGAGGAGGAUGAGGAGGAUAGCAGUAGCGUUUGCAGCGGGCUGUCUGACUCCAGCACACAAAGCUUGGCUAACAGCGACUCUGAGGACGAGGAGGGGGACGAUGAGGAUGAAGACAAGUCUGAGAAUUUCGAGGACGAUAUGACGACCCCGUCGGUUUCUCAUACCGAAGUGGUGCCUUUGUCCUCUGUGUUGUGUUACAGUGAUGGCUCUGUGGGACAUGAUAACCACAUUAAUGGGAACACUUACUUAAUGAACUCCUCUUCGGCUGAGUACUAUCAGCUAGGAGGCUCCGGUGCCGUCUCUAAUGGCCAAACGGGCCAACCUAGUGAACCUUAUGGGGAAACCUUAGCAUUCCAAGAUCCAGUUAGUACGACCAACAGCAAUGUGGCUCAGAGACCUUUCAGUGUCACUGCUGAGCAGUACACAGACUACUCUAAUCACGCUGAAGAACAAUACACAGUCAGUCACCAUUUUAAUCUGGGCAGUGGUGCUCCUGCCACUCCGCUGACCUGUUACACACCUGAUCCGAAGAAUAAAGUUUUGUCCAAAGUGGCGUUUGAGGACCAAGCGGAGAACGAGAACCAGGCCCAGUUUCAAAACUACCUGAACAAUAACAUUGAGGGUUCCUACAGCAGUCACAGCUCAUGUAUGACAGAUGAGCAGCCACCGCAACAGGGGAGUCUCAAUGGACAUUCUGACCUGACCUUACUAGCAAACAAUACUAAGAACCUCCCUUUACCAGACCACUGCCCUGAGGUCACAGCCAUUUAGUGUGCCUCACCUUUUUAAGUGUUCUUUCAGUAGUAUUACGUCUUCGAGAGGACAUGAUCAUGGCCUUUUUUGGAUUAUCCGACCUUAAAUUUCAAAGCAACUCACAGCGCCGUAAUACAUUUCCAUCUGUAACUAUAAAGCCAUAAGUUCAUUAUGUAGAAAGUUUUGAGGAGCUUUUCCGCUGUCUCCAGUACAUUGUGUGCUUAACUGCAAAAUGGAACGUAUCAAAAAACAUCAGAACAUAAUUUAUGUCAUGCUGUGCAAUGUAUCCUGUAAUUUCAGAUGUAAAGUUCUAGUUUUAAGCAGAUAUUGUACUGUAGAUGGAACUUUUCUAUGUCUACUGUAUGUGUCAAAUGUUCAAAAAAAAAAAGGCUUAUUGUUGGUUUAUUUAUUGUUUCUGAAGUAUGUGUAUACUUAUAUUGUAAAUGUUUUGAUAACAAUAAGCAUGCCGUUUUGGGAAUCUCAGUGAUGUUUGGGAAAAAAUGCCAUUGUUUUAUAUAUAUAUAUAUAGAAAAUGUGUUGGACACAUAAUGUACAUUUUUCUUCUUGUUUUUGCCACAAUUAUAUGCUUUUCUAUGGUUUUGAAAAGCAUGAAAAAAGCCUGAAAACUUAUUUGUAUGUUUGGAAUAUAAUAUCAGUAGAAAUGUCAAAAUCAAUUCACAGACUUUUGCACUCACGUGUUGGGGUCCAGUGGCAUGCGGUUGGUUUUAAAUGACUUCAGUUUUUCCCCACUGUUAACUCUUCGAAUAACACAAUUAGCAUGUAAAAGAUGAUUUUUUUUAAAGUGAAACAUUUUUAAUGAAUGAAGUUAAUGAAGUCAUACUUUGACAUAUCUCCAAAAAAUAUGAGAUGCUCCGUGAUUCAGAAUGAAACAUAUAUUUAUGAGUAAAAUAAAAGAAAUUGCUGAAUUUGAACAGUAACCAGUUCAUUGGUCAAAAUAUGUUCUCUAAAAAUAUGCCAGUAAUGGUUUUGGGAUUUCUGUAUUAUACUAUCUAUAAUCCAUAAAGAUUUUGAUUUUUUAUUUAUUUUUUUUAAUAUAGGAUUGUUUUUAACAGGUUUUUACUUCUACAGAAAAGCCCUAGUUAAAUGGACAUUUAAUUAACUGUAACAGUGCUUAAUAUUUAUAUUUAAAGCACUGUUUGAUUAAAAAAUAUAUACAGUUAUCAAAGCUAUAAGGGGUAAACAUAUGUUCAAGGUUGACAAUCAAAUCUUUCAAACAGUACACAAUAGGACUCCUGGAGUUCUGUGAGCCAUCCAAAAAAAAAAAAAAAAAAAA